GCGACGAGGUCGUCAUAAAUAGUCGCGAGCUUUGCCUCUCGAAGGCUGUUGGCUGUUGUGCACUCCUCUGACGGGCUGGUCUGGCUGCUCUGUUCUGCUCUGUUCAGGUCGGUCUGUCUGUCUGGUGGGGUGGGGAGGAUCUGCGCUUGCCUGCCUGCCUGCCUGCCUCCCUCCAAUUCCUCGGGCAUCUCUCUGUUCCGUCGACGCCCGGGCAUUGACUCGAAUCGGAAGGGGGGAGAUGCGAACAGAACAGAGCGGAGGAGGAGACGAAUUACGUGGAGAUUCGAAUCAGUAGACGAGGCCAGCAGGCCUGUAUGUAGAUCACUCGAUCGCUAGCUCGCACGAGUCGUCGCAUCGGGUCCCGGCAGCAGCUUCAUUGAUAGAUUGUCGUCGAGUCAACCUCUCUCUGUCUCUCUGCCAUCGAAAAAAUUUGAGAGCUGGUUCGGGCAGUGAGCCAGGAGUCGGUUUGUGUAUCUCUGUUGGAGUGAGGGCCGGAGCGCGGGCCCAACGAUUGUUCCUUCUGUGAUGCUGCUGCUGCUGCUGCUCCGGCUGCGGCUGUAACACGGAAUUCGGAUUCUAGACUUUGGCUUGCUUGCUUGCUUGCUGCAGUCCGUGGCUGCGAGGGCCGGACAUGUGGGGGAAUUGAAUCUGCGCUCGAUGGUGGUGCCGAGAGUCGGAUGUGCCAAGGCAGGAAUUGUGCUGCCCAGGGGAUCGAGCAGUUGACUCGAGGCGCAGUAGGCGGACGACGCACCAGGUGUGGAUUUCGGAUUGCCAUUGUGCGGUUCAUGUCCUGGUCCUAGCGCCCUCCUCGUCCCGGAGGUGGCGAGCGAGCGCUGCUUCGACCGGGGAUCACCGCUCGCAUAAAUAACCUUUGGCAUGCCGCCCGUGAAGCCUAGGGCGAUGGCCGGACGACACGUGAGAGCGGAUGGAAAUGGAGGAGGCGGAGCACCAGCAGCAGCAGCAGCAGCUCCAUCUCCAUCUCCAUCUGCAGCUCCAGCUCCGCCCGCUGCAGCAUCGUCGGGAGCAGACAUCCGAGAGCCUCUGCGCUCUCUCUACCAGAACAGUUCCACCGAUCCCGGCGUGCAGCCCUCCCCGAUCCCGAGCAAAGUCUCGCACCCUUAUCGACCAUUCGUGUUUGGGAGCUCGAGAAGCGCCAGCUCCAGGAGCGUUUCUCCCGAUGCCGAGGACACCCGCCAUCAUCAUCAGCCGGAUGCUGCAGCAGCCUUAGCAGCAGCAGCAGCAGCUGCUGGUGGAGGUGGGGGAUUAGCAGCAGCAGCUCGUGAAGGCGGUAACAACGAGCGCCCGAGGAUGUCGUCUUCGAGCCACAGGAGCCAGCCCGGUGGGGCUGGUGCCGACGCGGAGGAGGAGCUGCAGCAAGAUCAUCAUCAUCAACAACAAAAUCAACAAAAUCAACAAAAUCAACAACAACAACAACAACAACGACACGAAGCUUCAUCGGAUCAGUCGGAGAUUCAGAACUGCGUGGAUGAUGGGGAGAGCUCGCCCCGGAGCCCCAUGUCCGUGAGCGAGGGCAGCCAGAGUUACGGGCACAGCUGCUUCUCGGACAGCCAGCUGAUCACGGACGUGGAGGACAACGAGAAUCUGAUGCAGCUCAAGCUCGAGGCCAUGACCUGGGCCGCCAUGGCUAAGGACUUCACCAUCUCGUCGCUGGAGAAAAGGCUGCGCAAGGCCCUGCAAAUUGCCAAGGCCGAGCAGGCCAAGAACCUCGAGCUCCAGAAGCAGCUCGACGAUUCGCGCCAGGAGCUGGGCAAAGCGAAAGAGGACAUUGCGAAAUUGGAGGAGGCCGAGGAGCGAUUGUGCCGCGAGCGCGGAGAUAUCGAAGUGGACGCCACGCAAUUCGCUGCCGAGAGGGCCAAAUUCGCGGCCGAGCAGUCGAAGCAGCACCGCUCGCAGCUCCUGCUGCUCGAGCACCGGAUUAAGCUCAUGCUCGGGGAGAGUGCGAAGCCCGCGCACCUGCGCGGGCAGGACCGGCAGCUGGACAGGUCUCUCAUGAUGCAGAACCGAGCCUGGCAGAGCAGCGACGUGCAGAUUCUGGAGGAGGCCCUGGACCAGGCGCAGGAGAGAAUCCUCGAGGCCGAGCAGGAGAUCGAGGAGCUGCGAGGCGAGGUGUCGGACGCCAACACGGAUCUGCGAGUGUCGGAGCUGCUGAGGAAAACGCAAUCGCGUCGGCUCAAAGCGCUCGAGAAGGAGAGGCGCUUCUUGCUCAGGAAAGGAGCCCUCCGCUCCGUGAAGCUGGCCCCUCGCUCCACCCAGCGCAAAUGCGAGACCCCCGUGCCCGGCGGCCCAGGCUGGAAUGUGUUCUCCGUCCUCGAGUAUGCGGAGUCGUGAUCAGAACCUUCGUCAAUCUGCUGCUGCUGCUGCCGCCGUCGUCGUUCGGCUGUGCACAAUGUGAAGGAGGGAUCGAAUGCUUGAGUGAGUGAGUGGAGUGAGAGGAAGGAUUCUUUGGAAAAAAAACCAAAUGCCCGAUGGGCUUUCAGCUCAGCUUGAAGUGGCGCUGUAAUUACUUGUGCUCGCGGCUUCAUGGACCGCUGCCGCACCUUUUCUCGUGAUCGUGGUUAUCAGACGAAGGUGCUUUUGAAGAAGGUCGUGGGCUGGCCUGUUUGCUCGCUCGAGCUCUCGAGGGAGAAAGUCGGGGCCAGGCAAGGCAAGGCAAGGGGAGGGCGCGAACAAAGGGGGCCCGAAAGCGGAAAACGAUGAAGAUGGUGGCAUUUUGUUCGGCAAUAAUUCGACUAGUCAGUCAGUUCUUCCCCGCGCAGUUUGUUGUACCAUUUAUUUAUUGCCUCGACGAGGACGACGACACGAAGAAGAUGAUGACGACGAUGAAGGUGUAAGUGAAGAAGAAGAAGGUGAUGAUGAUGAUGCUCUGGGAUUGGGCGUGGUUGUUCGUCUGUCUGUUCUGGGAGCAGACGAAAAAUGUCUAUCGUGAAAAUUUCGAUCAAAUUGUGUACAAGAAGAUCAAGUACAGGAGGAGCAUAUGUGAAUGUAUCUAUGUAGCGAGCGAGAGGAGAGAUCACGUUGUAAAUUUUGUCCGCUGAUUAGCGAAUUACGAGAGAGAGAAUGAGAGAAAUUCAAAAUGUAGUGAAGGAAAAGCAAUCAAUCAAGCGCUCGCUUGCGCCCUGUGCUCUCCCUUUCUUAAAAAUAGCGACAGACCGAUCGAUCGAUAGACCGACCGAUCGACCGACGAAACGAACGACUUGCGCUUUGUGUAGACCAAUUCUUCCGGUUGAUGAUGUAGAUGUAAAACACGACGACGACGAUGAUGAUUAUGUUGAUGGAUGGGUGGGACGUUCAGAUUGAAAAAAAUAAAGAAAGAGCUCUGGAUCAACUUU